ACCGAGUAACCCGAGCGAAGCGCGCGGCGUCGGCGUACGAUCCAGCACGAGAACCUGGUCGGUACCCAACUGCGGAAGCGCCGAGGAUCUCCGGCGUCUCGCGCGGAGACGAGCAGCCCGCGCGGAGCUCGCGCGGAACUGGAAGUCGGGACCGAGGGAAACGUCGACGACGGGGUCGUCCCCUCGGGGGCGGCGGGAAUUGUGCAAUCGGAAUUGAUUUCGGUGGAUCGCGAGAGCAUCGCGCGAACGCGAGGGGCGACGGAGCGGACGAGGAACCAAGGUGGAGGAGGGUGACGUUCGCGCGAGGAAAUUCGCGGGCGAUCGAACGCAGCAGCGUCGCGAAGCCGAGAGAAGGAGAGGGUGGUAAAGAGAAAGAAAGAGAGAGGGAAGAUAGAGAAAGCAAGAGAAAGAGAGAGAAAGAGAGAAAGAGAGGUGUUCGAUUAGUUGGGCGACGAGGUCGAUCGGGCGAGGACGAUGGCAGUGAGCGCUUUCUCGACGACAUUGCACACCACCGAUUUUGCCACUACGUGUCCCACUACACCCGCGCUCUGGACCGAGGCGUCGCUACCACCCGAAGACGAGGAGGAGAACGUCCUGCACAUCGGCGGCAUCUUCCCCGUCGCUGGCGAGGGCGGCUGGCAGGGCGGCCAGGCUUGCAUGCCAGCUGCGCGCCUGGCCUUAGAGGACGUUAAUCGCCAAAAGAACCUGUUACGCGGAUAUAGACUGCACCUCCAUUCCAACGACAGCGAGUGCGAGCCCGGCCUCGGCGCAUCCGUCAUGUACAACUUGCUAUACUUUCCGCCCUAUAAAUUAAUGCUGCUGGCCGGGUGCAGCACGGUAUGCACCACGGUCGCCGAGGCGGCGAAGAUGUGGAACCUGGUGGUGCUCUGCUACGGUGCAUCGUCGCCGGCGCUGUCCGACCGAAAUCGAUUCCCGACCCUGUUCAGGACGCAUCCUUCCGCCACCGUGCACAACCCCACGAGAAUCAAAUUGCUGCAAAAGUUCGGUUGGUCUCGGGUGGCGAUACUGCAGCAAGCCGAAGAAGUGUUCAUAUCGACCGUCGAAGAUCUGGAAGCGCGGUGUAAGGAAGCUGGGAUAGAGAUAGUCACUCGUCAAAGCUUCCUGUCGGACCCCACGGACGCGGUGAAGAAUCUACGCCGUCAGGACGCGCGGAUAAUCGUCGGCCUGUUCUACGUCGUGGCCGCGAGACGGGUGCUGUGCGAGCUCUAUCACCAGAAGCUGUACGGCCAGUCCUACGUGUGGUUCUUCAUAGGCUGGUACGAGGACGACUGGUUCGAGAUCAACCUGGAAAGGGAGGGCAUCACCUGCACGAAGGAGCAGAUGCGAAUGGCCGCGGAGGGACAUAUGACCACCGAGGCGCUCAUGUGGAAUCAGAAUAACGACACGACAAUCAGCGGCAUGACCGCCGAGGACUUCCGACAGAGAUUGAACAAGCUGCUGAAGGACGACGGUUACGAUAUAGAUAACAAUCGAUACCCGGAAGGAUACCAGGAGGCGCCCCUCGCCUACGACGCCGUCUGGUCCGUCGCUCUGGCGUUCAACAGAACCAUGGAAAGGCUAAGCAAGUUGGGGAACAGUUUGAAGAACUUCACUUACGAAAACAAAGAGAUCGCCGACGAGAUAUACGCGGCGGUAAACUCGACCCAGUUUCUCGGAGUUUCCGGCCGCGUCGCGUUCAGCUCGCAGGGCGACAGGAUCGCUCUGACGCAGAUCGAGCAGGUGAUCGACGGGAAAUACGUGAAAUUAGGGUACUACGAUACGCAGAGCGACAAUUUGACGUGGCGAAACGUGGAGCGGUGGAUCGGCGGCAAGGUGCCGCAGGACAGAACGAUAAUAAGAAACGUUUUGAGAACAGUGUCACUGCCCUUAUUCAUAAGUAUGGCGACCUUGUCGGCGCUCGGUAUCGUGAUAGCCAUCGGAUUGAUCGUAUUUAACGUCUAUAAUAGGCACCGAAGAGUUAUAUAUUCGUCUCAUCCCACCGCCAACACGAUAAUGUUGGUGGGAAUAAUAAGCUGCUUCUUGGCCGUGUUGUGCAUAGGAAUCGACGGUAGGUUCGUGACGCCGUGGCAGUUUCUGAUAGUCUGCCAAACCAGGGCGUGGGCGAUGUCGAUCGGCUUCACCCUGGCGUUCGGUGCCAUGUUUAGUAAAGUGUGGAGGGUCCAUCGACUCUCUACCAAGGCAAAGGCCGAUCAAGGAAAAUCAUUGACGGCUAAACAAAAAGUUUCGUCUAUACAGAAGAAGAUUGAGCCGUGGAAGCUGUACGUUAUGCUGGGCGGAUUGCUGUCGGUGGAUAUCAUCCUCCUCGUCACUUGGCAGGUGGUUGAUCCGUUGCAUCGGAGAAUCGAGACCUUCGCCCUGGAACUACCUCCUUUCGGAGACGAGGACGCAAUGAUCAGACCCGGAUUGGAACAUUGCGAGAGCGAACACAAUAGCUUGUGGCUCGGCUUGAUCUACGGCUAUAAAGGCAUUGUUCUUGCUUUCGGGCUCUUCCUAUCUUACGAGACGAGAAGCAUCAAAAUCAAACUGAUCACUGAUUCCAGAUACGUGGGAAUGUCGAUAUACAAUAUCGUAGUUCUAUGUCUCAUAACGGUACCUGUGGUAAUGGUCAUCUCCAGCCAGCAAGACGCGAGCUACGCCUUCUCGGCGCUAGCCACUAUUUUUUGUUGCUUCCUCAGCAUGGCCCUCAUCUUCGUGCCGAAAGUCAUCGAGGUAAUCAGACAUCCCCGAGACAAGUCCGAGUCGAGAUACAAUCCGGACGGCGCGGUGUCCAAGGAAGAGGAAGAGAAGUAUCAGAAGCUGCUCGUCGAAAACGACGAGCUUCAGAAACUCAUUGCCACGAAAGAAGAAAAGAUUCAGACCCUCAAGCAGAAGCUGGCAGAACGCGACGCCCUGAAGGGGACCGGCAUAAGUCGUUGCAGGCAGCCCAAGCAGUCCUUCAUCGUCGCUGACUAUCCGACCGGCGAGGGGACAUCGGACAGUGCUAUCGGUGGGGGUAUUUCCAUUUGUACAAAAUCCUCUCGCGCUUCCGCUUCUGAUGUUGAGUUUUCAGAGACGUACUUAUAAUCUCUCUCCACACACACACACGAGUAAAGUCAAGCCGCUACGGACGUCCUCGUGCAUUAGCGCGAUACAUUUGGGACCUAAACAGUUGCUUUCAAUCGAUCUCGGUGAUUAUCGUUACGCUUCGCUUUUAAAUCGAACGUAUUUCCGGUAUUAUUUGUCGUAAGUAUCGAUGGGUACGUACUUGCGUGUUUCUUCACGACGCACGGAUGCAAUGUCUCGUUGAAGUGACCGGUGUAAAACGACUAUCCACGGUAGCCUACACCGCCACGCGACGAUGACACAGAAUAGAAUAUCGAGUGGCAAUAUCUGCACGAUUUGAAAGAAUAAUGGAAACUCGAUCGCGAUUUUAAGUUAUUUAAGUAAUGGCACGUAUGCAUUUACCUCACGCAAUUUGCGCACGAUAAAUUAUGUUACGUUAUCUUCAUUAAUCGCAGACUCGGUGAAUAGAAAAAGGUAAUCUAUUAAUAGAAAUUAUGAAAUUAACAAGUAAAAUGUCAUGUUAACGUGAAUGUUAGCUCUUAAAAUCGUUUAGCGAAUUCUUUGAGUCGUUAAUAUAAUUUCAAUAGUUUGUCGCUUUAGUAAGAAAGUAAUUUCGUAGCUUUAGUAUACUAAACACUUAAAUAUGCAAAUGGUAUCGAUUAAUGCGUAUACGUCGAGUAGUAAUUUUUAUCUUAGUAAACUAAACUACCUUUCUGCGAAAUCAGGUAAAAACGAGAAACAUACGAGGUCUGGCCUAUGUUUCAUGAAAGUUCUGCGAAAAUUGGUCCUACCUUUCUGACGACAAUGUGUUCUUCUUUCUAUAAUUAUCUACUAUUAUCGAUCAAUUAUUUAUUGGUAGAACGACAUGUGUAUUUUUAUAUGUAGCCCGCGAUUCCUACUAGCUGUUGUGUAGACACUCAGGAAGUUUGUGAAGUUAAUCAGGUGCAUUUUUCAGCGCCUGUGAGAAAGUACUCAACCGGGAAUUUCCUUAGCGUAAAAUACAAUCUUAUCCUACGGACCAAGUUACCCUCCUCCCCCCUGCCCCCCCGUGGAAUAACGUUUUCAGGGAUGGAGCUUUUGAGUGUUUUAUAUCUUGACUUUUAACUCCUUUUAUCGAGGAGAUAUAUACUCGAAGGAAAACAUAACGAAGUCCUUUAAGCCGUUAAAAAUGUUGUCGUCGGUUUCAGUCAGACAUUUAUAUCUUGAUAUUUUUCGUAAAAAAUAUAACGAAUUUCAGCAGAAAAAGGAAAAAUUGUAGUAAAAAAAAUUACAAGGUGGACGAAACGUGUUCGCUGAACGGUAAAUUUUAACAGCGAAAUAUGUUAUUGUCCCUUCGGUGCUUCUAACGAAAAACCGAGGGAACCAAAGUCACAUUCUUAUAUACCGGGCGCGUAAUUUUCAAACGGGCUAUUUAUCACAUAAAAAUAUUUAUCUUUCCAAACGAGAUAAUAAGAAAGAAUAAAAAAUAUAUUUUGAAACGCACAA